AUGGUAAGGCAUCUCAGCGCCUCAGCCUCAACAGUAUCCGCAGUUGGUAUCAGAGAUAUCCCCACCGCUGGAGCUUUCAUCAUUUGUCCAUACAGCUUGCAGAUGGAGAGCAGGCAAAAAACAUUCGUCAUAGAAGGGACCUUCACAAGUUCGGUGCCAUGGCCAUGGCUUCUCGGAUACCAUGUUGGAUUUCACGAUGCCGUCUCAAUUCCUUCAGUACCGCUAGAUGUGAGCUUCCUUCUCCCUGCUAGUGCUUCUUUUGCAUUGAAUGAAGGACAAUAUUAUAUCAAAACAGAGCGCGGAACCCCGCCCCCAAAACCAACAACCACCGACACUGACAUCCGUGCGCCUCUAGACCUCCAAACCUCCUCUGCAGCCCAAUCACAGAAUCUCCCAUUCCCCCUUUACCCUUCCGUCGCCCAAUUGCUCCAUGAAAAGGGCAUUCCGACAUCCGAUGCCUCCAAAAUCCCCGCCUCCGGGCCUCAAGGCCGGCUCCUGAAGGGCGAUGUCCUCGCCUUUAUCGGUGCAAUACCAGCAGACUACUCCUCAAACCUUUCCGCCCAGAUCUCCAAACUCGCCCAUCUAGAUCUCAGCAAUAUCAAAAUCAAAAAACCUCUCGCUGAAUCGCAAACUAAACCUGAACCGCCACUCACAUCCUACCAACCCUCUCCGCCCCAAGAAACCGAAAUCUCGCUCCCAAUCUCGCUCAAACCCGUCCUAAGCAUGCAAGAACGCCUCCAAAAGGUUCUAGGCAUCACAGUGCCCCUAAGUACCCUCCUCGCCCGCGCCACAGACACAGCCAACGAAGCCCUUCCGGCGUCCCAGCUUACAUCCCGCUCUCAAUCUGCCGACGCCCUUUUCGAUGAGAUAAUUGGCAUAGCGCCGACAAAGGCCACGGCCACGGCCACUAACCCCCCAACGUCUCGCGGAAACUACAUCCCGGAGAUGUUUGCGCCGGAGGAACAUUCUGCACCCGCUCCUACUCGGGAGGUCCAGGUCCAGGAACUGGAUAUCAUAGACAUACUAUCCGGGAAAGCCAAGUUACCAUCACCUCCUUCAGCACCCUCCACCAAGGCAGAAACUCCACUCGAUUCCGCGGCUGUCGAUCUCGCCACCAAUAUCUUCAGCAUUAAAGUUCCAGUAGCUGAUCGAUUGCGCGGGGAGACGUUCCUAGCACGCCUGCGUGACGUGCUGCAAGAUCAGCCGGAGAGCUUGGUGUUUUGA